AUGUCUGUUACACGAAUUUGCCGGCCAAUUCCGGCCCGGAACGUCCCUUUUUUGCGCUGUGGGGCCCGUUUACUUGUUAGCAGGCAGGUGUCCCAGACGGUGUCCAAGCCGGUGUCCCAGACGGCCAAUUUAGCCCAGUUUAGGGUGCCGAGCACUGUCCGGCCGACCAUGCGGUUUAUUCGUCCUGGCAGUGUUCGUUUCAACUCGUCAAAGAAGUUUAACAGCGACGGCGAUCGUGAGUUGACGGACGAGGAGGCCGAGAGCCUGUUGAUUGAUUUGAAGAAAAUUUGGUACAAGAAGGACCUGAGCGAGGAAGAGCAGAAGGAGAAAAUCAAGCAGCUGUUCGACAAGUACGAGAUUGGCGGGCUUAUUUCGCCGUCCUCGACGAAGAUGAUCAACACGAUUCUGACGGACGAGAUGGCCACGCGUGCAGGCGAGAAGAUGGAGAACGUGCACAAGUUCCACAAGUCGCUGCUGGACUAUCACACAGAGAAGCAGGAGCAGCUCAACGAGCAGCAAGACAAGGACGGGUUGUUUGGCAGCAAGUUCAGUCCGCCGAAGGGAGCCGCGGGCGGGGGCGGAAAUUCCCCGGGGCCUAUGGGCCCCAUGGGCCCCAUGGGGCCCGGCCUGAGGCCCGAUGUGCUGCUGUUCUGGGUCUCGACGGGACUGCUGACGUACUAUCUUUUUUCGCUGGAGUCGCACGAGCGCGAGAUCACGUGGCAGGAUUUCCGCACGUCGCUGCUGGACAAAGGUUACGUGGAGAAACUGGUGGUGGUGAACAACAACCUUGUGCGGGUGGUGAUGAACGAGCUGGGCCGGAGCCAGCCGGUGCACGACGCGCGCACCGAGUACUACUUCACGAUCGGCUCUGUGCAGGUGUUUGAAGAGAAGCUGAAGCAGGCACAGGAGGAGAACAAGGUUCCCGAGGAGCUGCGGCUGCCGGUGGUGUAUGUGCAGAACGCGUCUGUGUUUAAGGCGCUGUACAACAUUCUGCCGACGGUGCUGUUGUUUGCGUUUAUUAUCUGGUCGUCGAAGAAGAUGCUCAACAGCGCUCCGGGCAUAGGCGGCGGCCUAUUUGGCGCGCCGGGCAACCGGUUCAAGCGGUUCAACGCGGAGAAAAGUGUCAAGAUCAAGUUUGACGACGUGGCGGGCUGCGACGAGGCCAAGGAGGAGAUUAUGGAGUUUGUCAAGUUUCUGAAGCACCCGGAGAAGUACGAGCGUCUGGGCGCCAAGAUCCCGCGCGGCGCCAUCCUAACGGGUCCGCCGGGAACGGGAAAGACGAUGCUGGCGAAGGCGACGGCCGGCGAGGCGGGCGUGCCGUUCUACAGCGUCUCUGGGUCUGAGUUUGUGGAGAUGUUUGUCGGAGUCGGGGCGUCGCGGGUGCGCGAGCUGUUCAAGACGGCGCGCGAGAACGCGCCCUCGAUCAUCUUCGUGGACGAGAUCGACGCGAUCGGCAAGUCGCGGUCGAAAGGCCGUGCUGCCGGCAGCAACGACGAGAGAGAAAACACCUUGAACCAGCUGCUUGUCGAGAUGGACGGGUUCACCACGUCGGAUUACGUGGUGGUGCUGGCGGGCACGAACCGCGCGGACGUCUUGGACCAGGCGUUGCUCAGGCCGGGCCGGUUCGACAGAAAGAUUUAUCUGGACAAUCCGGAGCUGGAGGGCAGAAAGGCGAUUUUCGACGUGCACCUGCGCAGCAUCAAGCUGAAGGAGGGCGCUGACUUGGACGACCUCAAAGGCCGGCUGGCAACAAUGACGCCGGGCUUCUCGGGCGCAGACAUCGCCAACUGCUGCAACGAGGCCGCGCUGAUCGCGGCGAGACACAACGAGGAGUUUGUCGACCUGCACGACUUCGAGCAGGCGAUCGAGCGUGUGAUUGCCGGGCUAGAGAAGAAAAGCAAGCUGCUGUCGCCGGACGAGAAGCGCAUCGUGGCGUACCACGAGGCCGGCCACGCCAUCUGUGGCUGGUUCCUGGAGAACGCAGACCCGCUGCUCAAGGUGUCGAUUGUGCCGCGCGGCCAGGGAGCCCUGGGCUACGCGCAGUACCUGCCGCCAGACAUCUAUCUGUACAGCACGCGGAAGCUGCUGGACCGCAUGACGAUGACGCUGGGCGGCCGCGUGUCGGAGGAGCUGCACUUCAACUCUGUCACGAGCGGCGGCUCGGACGACUUCGAGAAGGUGACGAAUCUGGCGCAGAAAAUGGUGCUGGAGUGCGGCAUGUCGCCGAAAGUGGGCCUCGUCAACUACAACGUGGACCGCGGCAACGACAUGACGAAGCCGUUCAGCGACAAGACCUCGAGCCUGAUCGACUCGGAGAUCCACCGCAUCGUGGACGAGUGCUACCAGCGGUGCAAGGGUUUGCUGACGGAAAAGUCCAAGGAGGUGGCACUUGUUGCCGAGGAGCUGCUCGCGAAAGAGGUGAUCACGAGAGAGGACAUGAUCCGGCUGCUGGGGAAGCGGCCGUUUGCCAACAAGAACGACGCUUUCGACAAGUAUCUGGCCGAGAAAGAGGAGCGGGAGGGGGAGGAGAAGUAG